AGGGAGAGAUAUUUUUUACCUAAAACUUUACCCAUAUAUAAUAUCACCAUAUACCCUUAAAAAACAUUACAUUACAGAGAAGAGAAACCAGAGAGAAAAAAUGGUUCUGCUAGACAAAAUGUGGGACGAUGUAGUAGCUGGGCCUCCACCUGAACGUGGUCUCGGCAGGCUUAGGAAGAUCACCACCCAGCCUUUGUCCAUCAAAGAUGAAGGAGAAAGGAAAAAGUACCAGAGGUCGUUGUCGCUGCCGAAUAGUCCAGUGUCAGGUCCGACACCCGUGACACCGACGACUCCGACGGCGCGUAAGGAGAACGUGUGGAGGAGUGUGUUCCAUCCGGGUAGCAACCUCGCCACCAAAAGUAUAGGUUCUGAUGUUUUCGACAAGCCACAACCUAACUCUCCUACCGUCUAUGACUGCAACCAAACGGAGGCUCAGAGACAGAGCAUGAAGGAAAACUUGGCUAUUUGUUUGGUCGCUGCGUGGAAAUAAUUCCUUUUGAUCCGUAUACACUCUUAUACUCAUUUAUGGCUUUACAGUGGGGAGACCAGGAGCAAGCAUCGCUGAGAGGGUGGCGACUGACAGGCGGCUAGCAGGCUGCUCUAGUGAGCCAGGGUUGCAUGUAAAUAGUGUGUUCUCUUUUCUUCUUUUUUUUUUCAAUGUGCUAUUUUGUCUCUGUCUUUGUCUCUUGAUGCUAUUUGAUGUCUCGAGUAACCGUAGAAGGUGUUUUAAGAGCUGACUAAAGCUUUAGUUUGCCCUUGUUUUUUUGUAAGUAAUGUUGGCCAAGGGUGCGCUAGCCCACGGUGGCUAUUGAUGCUUUGUCAUUCAAGCUGCCAGCGUGAGCGGCGGAUAUAUUACAUAAAUAAAUAAAGAGAUUAAUGGGGUA